AUGGGGAAAACAGGUGCUUUAUUGGGAGAAUUGAUACCAGGAUGCAGCAUGAUGAUAAACAUCACAGGUGGAAUUACAGAAUUUGUAUUUGUGGGCUCUCACAACAUACAGAAUUUGAACAUCUUCUUUGUCCUCUUUCUAUUGGUUUAUGUAACCACCUGGUUUGGGAAUGUCACGAUCAUAAUAACUGUUAUAUCAGACCAUAAUCUUCAUGUACCCAUGUAUUUCUUGUUGGCCAAUUUAGCUUUUUUGGAUGUUAGUGAAUCCUCGGUAAGUGCCCCUAAAUUGCUGCAAUUACUUUUCUCCAAGGACAAAACGAUCUCCUUCCAGGGAUGCUUAAUGCAGAUAAUCUUUUUUCACUUCACUGGGGUCACUGCUGUCUUCUUCCUUAUGGUCAUUGCAGCUGAUCGCUACUUAGCUCUAACCAAACCUUUGCAGUAUGUGGUCAUCAUGAAUAGGAGCACAUGCUUAGGGGUUGUGGUGGCUGCUUGGUUAGGUGGUUUUCUUCACUCCAUUAUUCAGGUGGCACUGGUACUACAAUUACCAUUUUGUGGUUCCAAUGUAUUGGACAAUUUCUAUUGUGAUGUUCCACAGGCGGUCCAACUUGCCUGCACAGACACCUAUGCUGUAGAACUGCUUAUGGUCUUCAACAAUGGACUGGUUACUACAGGAGCAUUCAUUGCCUUGCUCAUUUCAUAUAGCAUCAUUUUGUUCAAGAUAUGAAAUCAUGUUUCAGAAGGAAAGCAGAAAGCUGUUUCAAUUUGUGCAGCCCAGAUCACAGUAGUGAGCUUACAUUUCAUCCCAUGUAUCUUCAUUUAUGACCGUCCCUUUAAGAAAUUUACUGCCGAUAAGGCAGUAUCCUUCCUCUACACAGUUGUCACCCCCAUGCUGAAUCCUAUAACCUACACACUCAGAAAUACUGAAAUGAAAAAUUCUAUUAGGAGGUUAAUAGGAAAACUGUGGAAAAUUUAUCAGAAGUGA